AAUCUCUACCCUUUUGAGACUUGAUUUUCACAAGUUUGGAUUGAUUUUUUGGUCGCUUGUAUAAUUUUGUUGAAAAUAUUUAGCUUUUAAAAACCAACUCACAAUUAUUCCUUCAACAUGAAGAAUAUCAGCAUUUCCGUCAUCAAACAAUCCAACUAUAAAAACAUGCCUUGGAAGAAUGGACUGGGUUUCACGCAUCAAAUUGACAUUCAGCCACCCGGAUCCUCAUUUCCCAUCGGAGACGCGUUUUCUUGGCGAUUAAGCUCCGCCACCGUUUCUCGGUCCAGUGCGUUCUCCCUUUUCCCCAACUGCGACCGGAUCCUGGUCGUUUGGACGGGUGCCGGACUACUGCUGAACAAUACCGUAAAAUUGGAACGACUAAAACCCUACACCUUCUCUGGGGAGGAACCCAUCAAUUGUGACAUAAUUGGUGACACUGACGUGGUAGAUUUUGGGAUUAUAUUUCGUCGUGACCUUGUCACUGCAACGAUGAGCGUGCGUUCCUUCAAGGUCAAACCAACUGGUGACCAGGGAUUGUUAAGCCAUGAACAUGUCCAUCACGUUGAUCUUGUCGGGCCUGGUUUUUCUUACUUGACAUCCAUUCAUGGCUGUUUUACCGUGGGUGAAAGUGAAAUUGAGUUAGUAAAUCCGGGCGAUACGGUCGCAAUUCAUGUCGAAGAAGCCACCAUUGUAAAAAUAGUUUCGAGUGAGGAGAUCAUGUUUUUCCAUGUUCAUGUUACCCCUCGAAAUUAGGUUAGGCUUGUUCGAAACGUGGGGUGAAUAUUGGUUCAACAAAUUCUGUAUGUACAAAGGAGUUAGUUAUACAAUGGAUAUUCGUCUGCUUCGUGAUGGUGAAUAAAACUAAAAAGGUUUGACAUAACGAAAUUCUGUAUGACAGUUUACAUACAUUGUAUGAAAUAUAUAUUAUUUAUUCCUUUGUACUUUUGUAUCAAAGAAUUCUGUCCUCCAUUCUGUCCUGUUCUGUUCUCUUGUGGGUGUUAGGCUCAGUUCAAUGAACACCAAAGUCUAUGUAACGUAUUUAUUAGAAUAGGAAACUUUUGAUGGAUUGUAUUAUUAUUUUGCGACUGGAUUAUGCACGACUAUUCUUAGUUUUAUACUUUACUAUUUACCUGAACUGAACAUAUUGUUUUUAAACUUAUAUAAUUUUCGAAUUUCAUUUCAUUUCAAGAAAAAGUCUGUCGAGAAAUAUUAAACUCUAAGGAUUCAUAUACUUCGAGAAGGGAAAAAAUAAGAGUUUUUAUAUUAUUUUAUGAGCCAUAUACGUAACGGAUUGGUUUUGCUCUUUCAUUCCCGAUUUUUAAUACGUUUUUCUUUGAUAUAAAGUUAUGAAACGGGAAAUUUUUAAUACCUCCAUUAGUUCCGUCUUAACCCGGAAUCGUCACGAAUUUACUGUAGGCGUCUAAGCAUCUUUUAGACGUCUGUCUGGUCCACUUGUGUUACGACUUGUCUUUAAAAACUCACGUGUAUAUGUAUGUACAUAUUUUUAUACGAAUAGAAAUAAAUAAUGCCAACC